AUGGUCUGGCUAAUCUCAUUCGUUGCACUUCUGGUUGGGUCUGCUGUCGCGCAGUCAAGCUUCUCUCCAGCUCGUCCUCCAUCACUACCACUCGCUGUACGAUCGCCGUACCUUAGCACGUGGCAGGAAGCUGGCAGUGAUGGCGGCAACGGCGGAUACCUUGCUGGACAAUGGGCUACGUUCUGGGCAGGCGCGAUCACCGGCUGGACCGGGAUGGUGAGGGUCGACAAUACUACAUACACUUGGAUGGGUAACCCAGACCCGCUCCCAACCGUGGUGACACAAAACUCUUUCUCGUAUACCUCGACCCGCAGCAUCUUUGCCAUGACCGCUGGCCCAGUGUCCUUGAACAUCACAUUCCUCAGCCCUGUCACGCCGGAUGAUUUCCUCAGACAAAGCAUGCCCAUCACCUACAUGUCAGUCCAGGUGCACUCAACAGAUGGCAAGCAGCACAGUGUGCAACUGUACACGGACGUCUCUGCCGAGUGGACAUCGGGAGACCGCAGUCAAGUUGCUCAGUGGCAGUACGGGGUCACCGGCAACGCGUCUGCGGGCGGAAUCGCGUAUCACAAGUUUUGGAGACAGCUGCAACGAGAGUUCUCUGAGGAGAAUCAACAAGCCUCUUGGGGCUAUUGGUACUACGCCACGGAGAACGUUCAAGGGCUGACAUUCCAAUCUGGAGAAGACGUCACUGUCCGUGGCCAGUUCACAAGCUCUGGCAAACUGAAUAAUACUGAGGAUACCAACUACCGAGCGAUCAACGAUGCGUACCCAGUUUACAGCUUUGCAGUUGACCUCGGAUCAGUCGGCUCAAGCGUUGUGGAGUCUGUUUUCACUCUCAACCUCGCACAGGAGAAUUCGAUCCAGUUCCAGAACGCAAAUGGCAUUCAGUCUCUUGCGACAUACUGGACAACUUCUUACUCAGACGAGCUGUCUGCGCUUACCUUCUUUUACAACGACUACAGCAACGUUGCAAGUCUGUCCACUGCUUUGGAUAACCGGAUUGACACCGAUUCUGUCGCUAAGGGCGGAGCUGAUUACCUCACUCUUACCUCUCUUGUCGUGAGGCAAGCCUUCAACGCGCUGGCGUUCGUGACGAACGGCACUAGCGACUUCGUCUUCCUCAAGGAGAUCAGUUCGGAUGGCGAUAUACAGACGGUCGAUGUUAUCUUCCCCACUAUACCCAUCAUCCUCUAUCUGAACCCUACCUUGCUUAAGAUGAUGCUCGACCCCUUGUACAUCUUUCAAGAAGCUGGCUAUUUUACUCAAGGCACGUACGCUGCGCACGACCUGGGCUACUUUCCGAAUGCCACGACAGCCGGUACAGAGGUGCAGCAAGUGGAGGAGAGUGGCAAUAUGCUCAUCAUGACUUUGGCGUAUGCGCAGCGUACUGGCGACACGAGCUAUCUUAACCAGCAUUACGGGCUUCUCACCCAGUGGACGAAUUAUCUAGUCAACGAUUCUCUUAUCCCGUCAAAUCAGAUUAGCACUGAUGACUUCGCUGGCUCUUUAGCCAACCAGACCAAUUUGGCGCUCAAAGGUAUCAUCGGUAUCCAGGCAAUGGCCGUCAUUGCGAACAUGACUGGUCAUGCGUCGGACCGCGCCAACUACAGCUCGAUUGCUGCAAGCUACAUCUCGCAAUGGCAGACGCUCGGCAUCGCGCAGGACGCAAGUCCACCGCAUACCACGCUUGCCUACGGCAUGAACGAUACCCACGGACUGCUGUAUAAUCUCUACGCAGAUGCAUUGCUGCAGACGAAGCUUGUCCCCGUGGAGGUUUAUCAGAUGCAAUCAAACUUCUACCCGACCGUGGCAGACCCCUAUGGCGUUGCUUUGGAUACUCGCCACAACUGGACGAAGAGCGACUGGGAGGUGUUCUGCGCAGCUAUAGCAGCCCCUAAUACCACUAACCUCUUCAUCUCGGACAUCGCAAACUUCAUCAACGAAACGCCAACGAAUGGUCCAGUCACUGAUCUGUACGACGCGAUCAAUGGUGACUGGGCUGAAGGUACCGGUCACUUCCUGGACCGCCCGGUGGUUGGUGGAUGGUUUGCUUUACUCGCAUUGAACCAGACGGGCAUUCCGUCGAGCUAG